AUGGAUUUAACGUCCACUUCAUCUGGAAUUGGUGAUAUUCAUUCGACUGAAGCAUCUGGAAAGGUUGAAGAUUUCUAUGGUCAGUAUGCAUAUAAAACUGGAUUUUCAAUCAGGAGUAUGUUGAAGUCGAAGAAUAAUUCAAAGAAUAAGAAGUCAGAUAAGAUACAUUACUUACGUUAUGUUUGUAACAAAGAAGGUUUUAAGAAAGGAAGUUUGCUUAAUCCGAACAACAAGCCAAGAUCAGACAGUCCGGUUGUUAUUGAAUUUGAAAAAGUGAAAGAGAGACCGGAGGAAAGGAUUGGUUGUAAAACUGGAAUAUAUUUGAAGUUGGAUGAAGCAUUGAAUGUUUAUAAGAUAUAUAGAUGGGAAGGGACACACUGUCAUCAACUACAUAGAAAAGAGCAUCACCGUUACCUCAGAUCAUUCCGAGAAGUAAAUGAAGUUCAAGGACAACUUGCUUUAAUUAAUUCUAAAGCUGGAAUGUCGAUGAGGACGUCUUAUGAAGUCAUGGGUCAAGGAGUUGGAGGCACGGAGAAUCUCCCAUUUCGGUUUUCGGACUUAAAGAAUUAUUUGAUGACAAUUCGUUCAAAGGAGAUGAUGAGGGGUGAAGCAACUGUAAUUCAAGAGUUUUUUAGGAAUGAAGCUAUGUCGAAACCAUCUUUUUACUAUGAUAUGCAAGUUGAUGCUGCAGAAGACAUAGCUAGCAUUUUUUGGGCAGAUGGAAUUAUGCAACUGAAUUAUUCUUUAUUUGGCGAUGUCAUCAGUUUCGAUACAACGUACCGAACAAACAAUCAAUAUCGUCCAUUAGCUGCUACUUUUGAUUGGUUAUUUACCACAUUCUUGACGUGCAUGUCUAAUAAGAAACCACAGACGAUAUAUACAGACCAGGCUACUGCGUUGUUGAAGUCAGUUCCGAAUAUUUUUCAAGGUGUUUUCCAUGGUCUUUGUUCGUGGCACAUGUCAGAGAAUGCAAAGAAAAAUCUCGGUACUCGUGCGAACAGUUCCUUUUUUGAUGAGUUAACUAAUUUGAUUUCAAAUGUAGAAGACGAAUCAGAUUUUGACUACAAUUGGAAUCGGAUGAUGAAAAAUUGUUUUGAUGAAAGGCCUAUUUCAGACUGGACAUGGUUUGUCCAGACUCAUAGGAAUCGUAUGCACUGGUCUUCAGCUUGGGUCAAGUCACAUUUUACAGCUGGUCUGAAGACGACUCAGUUAAGUGAGUCUUUCAAUGCUUUUCUUCGUGGAUUUUUGCAGCCAUACCAUUCACUUGUUCAAUUCUUUAGUCAUUUCAACGUUAUGGUUCAGAGGAUGAGGGAUAAUCAUGCUGAUUUGGACUUCAAGGCUGCUAACACUAGAACAAGAAAAAAUUACCCCAACAGUCAACUGAUGCGGUCCGUUGUAAAGAAGUACACACCAGCUUCUUUUGCAUUUAUCCACAGGCAAUAUGACCUUUCCUUCAAAUACUAUUAUCAGGAGGACACAUCAAAAGGGUCUGAGUUAAAUAAGUUGGCAUUGCUGGGGAUGGAAACAAAUGAUUCAGUUAAGACCGAUGCAGUGACGGAGGAGAAAAAUGAUGUGAAACCAGAAGUUGAGAAGAAGGAUCACAAAACUGAUGCGAAGAAGGAUGAUAAAACUGAUGAGAAGAAGCAUGAGAAGAAGGAUGAGAAAAAUGAUGAGAUAAAGGAUGUGGGACGUGGAGCUGAUGACAAAAAUGAUGGAAAUUCAACUAGCGAAGAAGAAGAGUUUGAUGCCAAUAAGAUGGAUGACGCAGUGAGAACAUCAUGCAAUGUGGGACUUUCACCCACACAACAAACAAUCUUGCAGUUUCCACAAUAUUUUGAUGCCGGUGAAGGUUCAAAUGAAAGGAGGUUGCAGAAACAAGACAAUAGCAAAGUUUCUGCAGUGGAGACAUAG